GAUAGAAAACGAAGGCGCGCUCGACCUCUCGGCGCUCGCCUGCUCGGGUCUGGCGGCGGCGGCGCGGCUGGAGCGGGUGGGGCGCGUGCGGCGGGGCCUCCGGGCGGCAUGGAGGGGCCGGGGGCUGCUGCGCGGGGGAACGUCUCCCUGCACAACUUCAGCGCGAGGCUGUGGGAGCAGCUCGUCCACUUCCACGUCAUGCGGCUGACGGACUCGCUUUUCCUGUGGGUGGGGGCCACGCCGCACCUGCGCAACCUCUCCGUGGCCAUGUGCACCCGCUACGACCCCAUCCCUGUGUCCACUGCCCUCCUUGGGGACAUGUCCGACACGACGUCCACCGGCCUUGCCCAGCGCUUAGCCAGGAAGACCAGCAAACAGGUGUUUGUCAGCUAUAACCUUCCAAACACCGACAGCAGCUUCACAUUACUGGUAGAAAACAGGAUCAAGGAGGAAAUGGAGGCCUUUCCCGAGAAGUUCUAGCCCAGGCGGCAGCAAGGACGCAGAUGCGCGCGCCCGGACGGAUGUCUGAAUAAACGCGUGGGGUGUCGCCAGCUGUCAGCAGGGUCACGCGUGACGUUUGUUUUUAAAGGGUGGAGUCCAGCCUUUCUGGUACGUGCACUCCUUUCCAGAAGCCGGUGGUGCUCAGGGUACGACAGCUGUGGCGUCAUGCAGACAGGAACGUAAGGACAGGCCAGGACCGGGUGCAGGUUUGUGCUGGGAGCAGGCACCUCCAGGCGUCCCGUCCGUACGCAGGCCACACGGUUCUCACACAGAAACCUCCGGCCCGGGGCUGCUGGGCCACCGGGGCACCCCCAGCGGCACGCAGGCCGCACCAUGUCGCCACCACCCUGUGGCCCAGGGGCUCGUCCUUUCGCGGCGCCUCAGCCGCCCUCGUGUGGCACCAGGAAGUGGUAUUGCGGGCAGUACUUCCUCUGGGCCGUUUCUUUCUCCUGCUGUUCUGUGGCCGGACCAGCUUGCCCGCCCCCGUGCCCCUAGUCGCAAGUGGUAUUGUAGUCUUUCAGGUAACAUUUAAAACUUUUACUGUGUGUUUUGGGUGCUAACAGGCAGGGUAUUGGGUGAGUAUCGGGUGAGUUGUUACUGGUUUCCAGACAGGAAGAGAAGGCAGGAGGAUCACGUUUGUGCCUGACUCGUUGGAAGGGGGUCCCGGCUCCUGGGGGGCUGGGACUGACGGCGCGGCGUGAUGCCAGAGGAGGAGCUGGACCUUCCCGGGCAGCGGGCUGGGUGAGCCGGGUGGCGGACGUGCAGCGGCAGGCGCCUGAGAAGUGUCUCUCCCCUAAGCACGGAGGGGCCUGGGCCGAGGGGUCCACGUGUGAGCACGGGGGUCUCGCGGAGCAGGCAGGACCGGCCCCGGCUGGGCUUGGGGUGCCUCGCCCGCGUGGUGUGGGGUCUCACGGGGCUCGGCCCACAGGAAGCUUUUCUGCUUUGGCCACGCUCACAGCUGUUCCUCGGGACCAGCCUGACCCAGGGCCGCAGGAGGGGGCAUGGAGGAGCCAGGAACCUCCCCUCCCUCACACCUGCUGCGCCAUCCCCUCCCUCACACCUGCUGGGCUUUGGUCCCGGGAGCCCCGCCCUCGCAGCCAGCUUCUCUUCUAGUCUAUGAGCUGGUCCUGACCGCUGCGGUCACAGUGCUGGGCUCUGUAGGACCAGCGUCUACUGUUGUCACUUAAGACGGACCUCAGACUUUGGAACAGGGGUCUGGGAGUGCUGUGCCCGCCUUCCUGGAGGUGCCGACUGCCCCCUGUGGCUUGAGCAUGAUCCCUAAAGGUCUACAUGGCCAGCGGGAGGGCACGCACGGCGUGGGGUCUGGCGAGCGGCCUGGCUGCAAGGUGUCCUGGAGCUGGGGUGAUGGGUGCAGACACACCUGGCAGGUGUGGCCCAGGGACCCCGCCAGCCCUGCGCUGCACGUCCUGCCCUAGACCAGGGACCCUGCGGCCGGCAUGCUGAGAGAGGCUAAGGCGCUUCCCAGGUUUGGCACUCGAGCUGCACAGGUGUGAAGGAAGGCCUUGUAGAUUAAGGUGAAUGCGGACGGACGCUGAAACACAGAACAGAUGUGACUCAAGACACGAGGCCGGGCCAUGAGGGGCUGGGCUGGUGGCCCUGGGAGCCGGCGGUGUAGCUGCCGCCACCUCACAGGCCUGCGCGUCUGCUCACCUCACGGCGUUCUCACCGCGCCAGCGGCUCCUCCCCGUGGCCGCCAGCUUGUAGGGGCACCGUGGGGGGAUGGCAAGACAGACUGGAGGGGACAGGAGGCGAGCGGGGACGCGCUCCACCUCUCUCCUGGGCCUCGGAGUCUGGGCAGCCGUGGGCUGGGAGUCCCCUCGCUGCUUCCCACGGACCCAGGGCCACGCCUUCCCUGGAAGAAGAGCCCACGGCAGAGGCACCGUGGGGAGGUGGACCCUUCCAGGAAGAGCCCAGGCUGUCCCGGGACUGCCACAAGGCGGUGCCUGCCUGGCCAGCGAGGGGUGUUUCUCAGUAUCUCCUGUGUUUCCUCUGAAACGGCUCCAGACAGGUGCAGAGAGCCUGACCUGGAAAGGCAGGGGGACGAAGUGAGGAACACAACGAAAACCCUUGGAGUCGGGUGGGGCUCGAGCUUUGGUGAGUUAUUGCUUCUCUCAGUUGGUCUUGAUGUUCUCGGAGGCUGCCGUCAGCGGAGCUCCCCAGUGAGGGCCUGCUCCAGGCCCAGCUCCGUGCUGACGGAAGCAGAGGGCUCUGGGGUCUCCGCCGGCGGCUAGCGGAGCCGAGGCCUCCAAGCUGGUGAUUUCUGCGCCGUGUGUGCUCGGGAUGUGGCUGGCGGGCCGUGUUUGCAAGAGCACCGCUCCCUCCUGGGGGCUGCCUAGCCUAUUGAGUUAUUUUCCUAUUGGUGUUAGUUCAGGAAGUAGCUGUGUGUUCAUGUGCUGGCAGAAAAACUGACUGCAAGAGGGGACUUUCCUGCUGGAGCUGAACCGGGAGGAAGGGUGAUAACAGUAACUUGUCUCUGCUCGAUGCGUCGCUGCUCGGGAGCUGAGCUGGGCAGACCUGCCUUGGAGACCGUGGCGAUACCGCCACUAAUCAGGCUCUUCCCCCAAAGAGCUUCCAGCAUCAAGUAUAAAAGGAUGAUCUCGCGGGAAAGACUAAGCUGGUUUUAAUGAUACCGUGAGCUGCUUUCCCCCAGCACAUGGAGCAGAAGCUCUUACCUUACAGAGAAAACCUUUAAAAACCAUACACAGACUCUAGCAAAACCCUAACCAUUUACAUUUCAGUCUGAAUAAAGCACAGCUGUGGGAGUGCUCCA